AACAUCCAGAAGCAGGACAGUUUCAACGUUUGCUUCAGUCACAAAAUAUUUUUCCAGACGAACUCCUGUCCUGUUUGUUGUCUUGUCUUUCUAUGCCAACCCCAACUAGUCCUAGUAUUUAUUUAUGAUCUGACAGGCUUUCGUAUGAGAAAUUAGGUAUAGGGAGGGGUUAGAGAUUGCGGAAAAGUCUUUUUGUGUAUUGAUAUAUCUCUUCUCUGAGAGAGGUGGUGGUUUUGGUUUAAGUUUUGCAUCGCGUCUGAAUCGGGACGAACGGAAUUACUUUACAUUCAUAGAGAUAGAAUUAGUGAAUGGGCAGAGAGGAGGAGAAGAAGAAAGGAAUUUUGCAAUUGGGGAAUUACGAGUUAGGAAGGACUCUUGGAGAGGGAAAUUUUGCCAAAGUUAAGUUGGCUAAGAACCUCCAUUCCGGCCUCCUUUUCGCUGUUAAGAUACUUGACAAGUCCAAACUCAUUCAACUCAACAUCACAGAUCAGAUAAAGAGAGAAAUCGCCACGUCGAAGCUGCUCAAACAUCCUAACGUCGUUCGGUUACAUGAGCUUGAAAAUGUUCUUGUUGAUGCAAAAGGGAACAUAAAGAUAUCUGACUUUGGCCUCAGUGCAUUGCCUGAACAUUUUGGGGAGGAUGGCUUACUGCAUACAAUAUGUGGAAGUCCUAACUAUGUUGCACCAGAGAUUCUCGCUAAUAGAGGGUAUGAUGGUGCCACCUCAGACAUAUGGUCUUGUGGUGUCAUCUUAUACGUAAUUCUCACCGGAUAUCUCCCUUUUGAUGAUAGAAAUCUUGCAGUUCUCUAUCAGAAGAUUUUCAAAGGGGAUACUCGGAUUCCUAAGUGGUUAUCAUCUGGUGCUCAGAACAUUAUAAGAAGGAUUCUUGAUCCAAAUCCUGAUACCAGGAUAACAAUGGCAGGUAUCAAAGAUGAUGAAUGGUUCAAGCAUGACUAUAUUCCUGCAGUACCUGAUGAUGAGGAAGAAGAUAUAUACAUUGAUGAUGAAGCCUUCUCAAUGUAUGAAGUGGCAUAUGAUGGAACUAGAAGUUCAGAAUCACCCACUCUCAUUAAUGCUUUUCAGUUGAUAGGAAUGUCCUCAUGCCUAGAUCUUUCUGGUUUCUUUGAGGAGGAGGAUGUCUCUGAAAGGAAGAUCAGAUUUACAUCCAAUCAUUCGGCUAAAGAUUUACUUGCAAGGAUCCAAGAUAUCGUGACGGAGAUGGGAUUUCGAGUCCAAAUGAGAAAUGGGAGGUUGAAAGCAACACAAGAACAGAGAGGCCAGAAAUGUCUUGGCAGACUUUCAGUUGCAGCUGAGGUGUUUGAGAUAAGUCCGUCCUUGUACGUGGUUGAAUUAAGAAAAUCAUAUGGUGAUUCUGAAGUAUAUAGACAGUUAUGUACGAAGCUAUCAAAUGACUUAGGUGUUGCUCAGGGCCAAGAGCUGGUGUCCACAGAAGCUUGACAGACGAGUUCUUUGUUGUCUUAAGGAACAUUAAAGGAUCUCAAAUCUCAGCCUGAGAGAGAACUUUAAAUAGGUUAUUUAUGGUACAGAUAUAGUAUUAGUUAUGUAGACGAUUUUUAAAAAAAAUAAAAAAUAAAAACUUUUGGGAGAAAGGGGGACUCAAAUUAAAAGUAUACACAUAAGCACAUAUGUCUAAAGUGCAGAUAUGUUGAGGAAGCAGCAAUUUAGCCGUUUAUGUACUACAGCCAGUGCCUUCCGCAUGUUCAUAUGUAGGGGAAAUUUGUUUUAUUAAUUUAUUGAAUAUAAAAUCAAAUUCUUUUUUUUUUUCUUAUUUGGAAAAAGGAGUUUGAAUUUACUCUUUUUUAAGUUUGGAUAUUACAUUAAUCACUGAGCCAAAUGCUUAAUCAUUAAGCCAAGUGAUGUUGUGCUAAACAACAUUUACAUUAUACUUGGUAGAAAUGAAGGAACAUGGAAAGAUAAAAAAAAAAAAAAAGAAGAGAGAGAAAAAGAAAGGAGAGGAAAU